AGCACUGCCUGCUGCUUCUAUAUAAACUGCUGAUGUUCAGUCUUUCGCUUACAGAUCAGACUCCAGAAAGAUGAAGUCUCUCUUUUACUUGGCAGUCUUGGUUGCCUUGUCAACUGUCCUUGCUGAAACAGAUGACGAGAAAACAUCAAAAGACAAUGUACUCAGUGGUUGUCCUAUAAAGAUGAAAAAUGGGGGCAAAUGUGAUGAAGAGGGCAACUGUCCAUACCAGCUAACAUUGCCCCCAAUGACUAUACAGUUACCUAAACAGUUUCAACUACUUGAAAAAACCCUCAAAGAAGUACAGACCCUUAAAGAGAUGGUAAACAACUUAAAGAAAUCUUGCCAAGACUGCAAACUGCAAGCAGAUGACAAUUUGGACAAGGACACCUUAAAUCUUCCAGAGAAUGGUAAAGACGGCCAGAUGCAAGAACUGCAGUCCAAGGUUAAGAAGAUGUCAAUCAGCUUGAAAAAUGCUAGAACCCAGAUUAACACCUUACAGGGUCAGCUGGAGAAGAUGAACCCCAUCAGUAUGAACAGUGUAGAAGAUUAUGUGGACCAUAAAAUAGCAAACAUGUCCUGUUCCAACAACUGUGAGUUCAAGGCAAGUCCAAGCAUACAGCUCAUCUAUAAAGACUGCUCUGACUACUAUAAAAUUGGCAAAAAACUAAAUGGGACAUACAGGAUUACACCUGAUCCAAAGAACAAAACAUUUGAAGUUUACUGUAACAUGGAGUCAACAGGAGGAGGAUGGACAAUAAUUCAAAUACGCAAAGAUGGCAGCACCGACUUUAACAGAACAUGGAAUGAAUAUAAGAAUGGAUUUGGGAAUCUGACCAGUGAAUUUUGGUUGGGUAACGAUAAGCUGCAUCUUUUAACCAGAAGCAGCAACAUGAUCCUCAGAAUUGAGCUUGAAGACUUUAAAGGUGUUAAAGAAUAUGCUCAAUACGACCAGUUCUAUGUAGCCAAUGAAUAUCUUAAAUAUCGAUUAACUGUCGGGGGCUAUUCUGGUACAGCUGGGGAUGCACUGCAAUUCAGCAAGCAAUAUAACCACGAUCAGAGGUUCUUUACUACUCCCGACAGAGACAAUGACAGAUAUCCCUCUGGAAACUGUGGGACUUACUAUAGCUCUGGAUGGUGGUUUGAUUCAUGUAUGUCUGCAAAUCUCAAUGGGAAGUACUAUGAGAAGGAAUACAAAGGAAUUCGCAAUGGUAUUUACUGGGGUACUUGGCAGGGCGUUUCAGACGAGCAUCUGAACAGUUUCAGACAAACUUUUAAAUCGGUCAAAAUGAUGAUAAGACCACAAGAUUUCACAGGCUAAACAAAGCUUUUCUUUCAUAUUACAUGGUAUUGGUUUUGGACCAACAUAAAAAUUAGUUCUCAUUGACAUCUGGUUUAGAGAACAGGGCAUAUAGAUAAAAACACAAUUUCUGUUUAUUAAAGAAAAUCUUUAAUGUAUGGUUAACAAGUGUAUUUUCAUUAUGGCGAUCCACCUGAGAGUGAUUAUGCAAUAAGCUAUUUUUUUUUCCCCUUUAUUCAAGUGUCAGCGAGUAUGUCUUAUUUACAGCACACCAAUUUUUCAACAAAGUAACUAUUUUCCAUUUGUGUAUUGAAAAUAGUUU